UGGAAGUAGCCUUGCUGUAUUAUUAGUGCUUUUUUUUUCCAGUUUGCAAUGGCUGCAAUCCUCUCCGGGCAGUGAGUGCGGGGGAAAGCCGGCUAGCAUGUCGGAUCGGGAUGCGGUGGACGGGAUUCGCUUCCCCGGCGGCGCUGUGUUAAAUCCCGGCGCUGAAUGUCAGCAGCAGCAGCAACAACAGCAGGAAGAGGCUGAAGCUGCUGCCGCGGCUGGAGCCAGGGCUGGCCGGGAUCUCAAGGAGUGGCUGCGGGAGCAAUUCUGUGACAGUCCCAUGGAAGGGGGCGAGGACACCCGGCUACACGAUGCCACCUAUGUGGGCGACCUGGACACCAUCACCAGCCUCCUCCAAGAGGACAACUUCAGGAGGCGAAUCAAUGAGAAGUCAGUCUGGUGCUGCGGCUGGUUACCGUGCACGCCAUUGCGGAUUGCCGCGACAGCUGGCCAUGCUGACUGCGUGGACUACCUGCUCAAACAAGGGGCCGAGGUGGACUUGGUCGAUGUGAAGGGGCAGACAGCGCUGUAUGUGGCUGUCUUGAACGGUCAUUUGGACUGCACCAGGAUUCUCGUGCAGGCGGGGGCUGACCCGAAUGGAAGCACCCACCACCGCAGCACGCCCGUCUAUCACGCCUCGCGAGUGGGACGAGCAGACAUCCUCAAAGAGCUCAUCAAACACGGUGCGGAUGUCGAUGUUAAUCAUCAUGUAUCUAGUCGUGUCUCAAUGCCUGCUGCCAGGAGAUUCACAUCACUAGGUGUGUGUCCUCUCUACAUCAGUUCUGCCUAUCAGCAUCUCCAGUGUUUCAAGUUGUUGCUGAAAGCUGGGGCGAACCCCGAUUAUAAUUACUGGGGCCAGGUAGACGUGACGGCCUUUCCCCGUGGAUCGCCGGUCUGUGUUCUCGAUGCUGUUCUACGUCAUGGCUGCGACGCACAGUUUGUAAAACUUUUGAUUGACUUCGGUGCUAACUUGAACCUGAUUAAUUGGGAGGGUUUGGAUGCAGAAACAAUGGGACGGAUGAAGGUGAAUGAAGAGGCCUUGCAGAUCUUCAGGGCUGCUAAAGGUACUCCCAGAACACUGACCUCUUCCUGCCGUAUAGUUAUUCGGAGAGCACUGGGGAAGUUCCGUCUUCAUAUGAUCCAGACGCUGCCAAUUCCAGACACUGUCAAAAUCUUCCUGUUACAUGAGGACACCUGAGGGAGAAUCACAUCUCCCUGCCCUGCGUGAUCCCUGUUGGACUGAAGCCUCACUACACCAAUCUGCCGUCUGGAGGAUCGCGGGCAUUUCUUGUUUCUGCCACACACAACUGUUGCAACCUGUCUCGGAAAGUGAGUUCAUUUUCUUUGCUUUCCUUCCUCUUCCUGCUCCAUGUAACUCAAAAAGACUUACCCAGUGAAUAAAAUCUGUAUUUCGUGGGGUCCUAUUUGCAAAACACACAGAAACCGCAGAGAUCAAAUAUAAAACGGUGUCCGUACCUUUUAAAAGGCAUCUGCAUUUAAAAAAAAUGUACUUUGGUCACGAGGAUGCAUAACAUCCUCCACCCUCCAGGUGAAUUUAAUGCAUUAAUUCAAUCUCAGGGGUAAAAUUAUGUAUGUCAUUCAAACUUUUCAUUCGUUGCAUUUGAUGCCCUCCAAAGUUUUCACUUGGAUUACUUGUCGACGGUAUUCAGGAUCUUCUGUGUGUUUCAGUGGGUUCCUUCACUUUGCUGACUGUACAGAGACUGUAAAAGCAGUUUUUACCUGAGAGCUUGAAUGGCAUUUGCCAUAAUCUGACAGAGUUGCAGGGUUGGAUUAUUCCCAGUUCACUCCGCAACAAUUUCCUCAACAUUUAAGAUGGUGUGGCUUUACUUGGUGAGCAGAAAUAUGACUUGUUUCCUCGAAUUCCCCAGUCACCCCCAUUUAGGGACACUCCAGCUGCCCCUUUGCAUUACAUUCAAAAGGUUGCCAAGGACUGGGAUGAGGAAACAUUUCUUCACUCAGAUGAUAUUAAACUCUGUAUUUCUUUGCUGCAAAAGGCUAUGGAGGCUAAGUCACUGAAUAUAUUCAAAUGAGAGACGCACACGUUGUUUAGGUUUUAAGCGCAUCAAUGGGUAUGGAGAAAAAUGAAUAUGACAUUGCGACAGAGGAUCAGCUGUCAUCAUAUUGAAUGAGGGAGGCAUGAUGGUUUAGUGGUUAGCACUGCUGCCUCACAUCACCGGAGACCGGGGUUUGACGCUACCCUCGGGUAACCGUCUGUGAGGACUUUGCACGUUCUCCCUCUGGCUGCGUGGGUUUCGUCUGGUUUUCUCCUACAGUCCAAGGAUGUGUAGGUUAGGAGGAUUGACCAUGCUAAACUACCCAUAGUGUCCAGGGAUGUGUAGGUUAGGUGAAUUAGCCAUGGAGAAAGCCGGGUUACAGGGAUAGGGUAGAGGGAUGGAUCUGGGUGGGAUGCUCUUCAGAUGGUUGGUGUCGACUCAAUGGACCAAUUAGCCUGCUGUAGGAAUUCUGUGAAUUGCAGAGGCCACUAUCGAAUGGCCUACCCCUGCUCCUAGUUUGUGUUUUUAGAAACCAGUAGAAGGUGGCACCACAAAUAUGUGUGUCCUCGAUGGUGGGGAGGCCAGCGCAUUAUUUACAAAAGAUAAGGGUGAAGUCAGCCAGAGUGCAGUUGAUUCAUCUUGGCAGCUACCUGAGGUAUUGCAGAUGACCGUCUUCAGCCCAUUCAGUUCACUCUGUGUGAUAUCCAAAAAGCAGCUGAGAGCGCUGGAUACUGCAAAGAGCGUUCUGGCAGUAGCACUGAGGAUUUGUACUCCAGAAUAAACUGUGCCCCUAGCCAAGCUGUUUCAGUGCAGCUACAACACUGGCAUCUGCCCAACAAUGUGGAAAUUUGCCCAGGUCUGUCCUGUGCCCAAAGGCAGGGGAGGCUCUGGCUUAGUGGCUGUGCCACUCGUUGAGUAAUCAGGAGUGCCUACUCUUCUGGAUUCGUGGGUUCACAUCCCACCACGACUUCAAUUUUUAAAAAAUCUCAAUUUAAACGGAGUCUAAUGGUGACCAUGUAACUGCUGUUGAUCAUUCUUUUUCUAAUCUGGGCACGGUGGCUCAGUGGUUAGCACUGCUGUCUCACAGCGCCAGGUACCCGGGUUCGAUUCCAGCCUCGGGCAACUGUCUGUGUGGAGUUUGCAUGUUCUCCCCGUGUCUGUGUGGGUUUCCUCUGGGUGCUCCGGUUUCCUCCCACAGUCCAAAGACCUGCAGGUCAGGGGAAUUGGCCAUGCUAAAAUUGUCCAUAGUAUUAGGUGCAUUAGUCAGAGGGAA